AUGUCGCGCGUUAUUGCUAUUGUUGGUGCCACUGGCAACCAAGGAGGGUCUGUCGCUCGCUCUCUACUUCAGAAUCCGUCGUUUAAAGUCCGUGCCAUUACACGGAAUCCCUCUUCAAAGGCCAGCCAAACGUUAGCAUCAGCAGGAGCAGAAGUGGCUCAAGCAAAUGGCUUUAACAAUGAGGAAAUGCUUCGGGCAUUUGACGGCGCCUGGGGGUUUUAUGUUAACCUGAACUCGGACGAUAAGAUAUGGAGCAACCCUGAUGGUCCUACCGAGUUUGAUUUGGGCAAAUCAAUUGUUGAUGCAGCGGCCCAGGCAGGUGUGAAGCAUUUUGUGUUCAGUUCGGGCCCUCCAUGCACGGAGAUGACAGGGGGGAAGGUGAGAAUGAAGGCUAUGGAUAUGAAAUACAAAAUCGAACAGUAUGCAAAGCAACUGGGAAAAUUCGAGACCAUUACUCCUAUCAAUGCUGCAUGGUACUUGGAAAAUUUUCUGGUGAAGGAGGUUGCCCCAGUGUUUGGCGGAUUCCCCCAUUUUCCUGAUGACGAAGGCUACCUCACGUAUCGUGUGCCCAACUGGGGAGGAGACAACAAGGUGCCGUUCUUGAGCAUUACCGAUGAUUACGGAGACAUUGUUCAGGGUAUCUUUCUGGAUCCGGCCCGAUGGAAUGGCCAUGUUAUUCAAGCUAUGAGUGACAUGCUUGGCUUCGACGAGCUGGUGGCCAACUUUGCAGACCUAACCGGUAAAAAGACUCGAUUCCAGCCAAUUCUCCCUUCCUGGGAAGCCUUUGAAACCCAUGGAGUCCACGAGCUAGAGGAUGUCAAGCUCAUGUUCGGGUUUACGCAAAUCACUGGUGGUCGUUACUUUGGUCCGGAGCCCUCAAAGAGGGAGACAGCCUCGGAAUUGAAACGCGCAACAGCUACAGCAUUGGGUCGGCCAGAAAACCAGCGGGAAUUGACGACUGCAAAGGACUGGUUCAAAUCGCAUUUCAUAUAA